CUGCGGGGGUGAACGCCCUCUAUGCCGAAAGGAUGCUGGCAAGCCUGAUGCAGAACAUGCAGUGGCCGUCGAUCUCCCCAUGGAUGGCUUCCACCUGUCUCGGGCGCAAUUGGCCGCGAUGCCCAACGCGGUCGAAGCCAUUCACCGGCGAGGCGCUGCCUUUACCUUUGACGGCGAGGGAUUCCUACAACUGGUGCAGCGAUUACGCGAGCCUCUCGGCGCUGGCUCGAAUAUUGUUUACGCCCCGGGGUUCGAUCAUGCCGUCAAGGACCCUGUCGCCGACGAGAUCCCCAUCUUGCCAACCUCACGGGUGCUUAUCUUUGAGGGCAACUAUCUUGCUCUCUACCGAGACCCCUGGCGAUCGGCUGCGGGGCUGAUGAACGAGCUGUGGUUCAUUGACGUCGACCGCGAGGUGGCCCGAGAGCGAUUGGUGAAGCGGCAUGUUCUUACGGGCGUGACUCCGGACGAGGCCUCGGCGCGGCAUCGAAUCGCGUCAACGGACUUUUUGAAUGCAGAUGACAUUGUGGAGAAUCAACUACCCGUUCAGGAGAUUGUGCGGGGGGAUUGUUAG